CCUGUAAAGAGAAAGUGUUUAAAUGGGUGAGCCUGAACGCCACAAACUUUAAAUUUACCUGGGCAUGGCUGAGCAGAGAGAAAACGCAUUUCAAAAGCAAGAAGUGAAAGGAAAGAACGGCGGAAGGUAUUACAAGAGCAUAGGUCUUGGCUACAAAACUCCAAAAGAGGCUAUAUUCGGUAAUUACAUUGACAAGAAGUGUCCCUUCACUGGAAAUGUACGUAUCCGUGGUCGAAUCCUCACAGGUGUUGUGCGUAAAAUGAAGAUGAACCGGACUAUUGUUAUUCGUCGUGACUACCUCAAGUACGUGAAAAAGUACAACCGAUAUGAGAAGCGACAUAAGAAUAUGUCUGUACAUAUAUCUCCUUGCUUCAGAGAUGUGGAUAUUGGAGAUGUCGUAACUGUUGGUGAGUGUAGACCCCUGAGUAAAACAGUAUCAUUCAAUGUCAUCAAAGUUUCGAAAGCCGCUGGUUCAAAGUUUACCGCAGAUCUUGGUUCUCCUUUCGUUUCUAGUGGAACUGACUAACUUGUUUUGAAAUCGUCAUUAUAAGUUUCGAAAGAAUUGACCUUCCUGUGAACCAACUAAAAAGUCUACUGUCCUGAGCAUUUCGUAACGGUAACAAUAGUAGCUUAAUACGUUUCUGCAAUAAUCUCCAUUUAUAUAUCCCCUAAAACUUUUACCUAUUUUUA